AUGUAUCCACGAGACUUGUGGAGCCACCAUGGUGUUGAUGUGUUCCCUCUUCUGACACCUCAUGAUCUUCGGUGGAUCCAGAAGUGCCAAGACCAGCUACGGAGAUUUAUUUCAUCUUCCUUCUUGGUGGAAAUAUUACAUCACCUCAGAAAGGUGGGCGUCCUGACUUUGGCUGAGGAGACUGACAUUAUGGAAGCUGGCCAAUUACAGGACCAAGUUAACAUGCUUACCACUAUUGUCUCUGGCAAGGAGAGUCAAUGCUCUGAUGCCUUACAAGCUUUCAUAGAGAGCUCAGAUUCUCCAGCUGCUCAACUUAUAUUAAACCAUGAUUCCAUGUUUAAAAAGCACAAAGAGUUGCUUUUGCAGCAAUUUGAAAAGUACAGGGACAGAGAUUCUGUCAGCUGCCCAAAACUGAACAUCUCCUCAAGACCCUUACUGCUGGUUGACGGACUUUCUGACUUCCAACAAAAGGAGCACGACCUGAUGCAGGUGGGAGUAACUCGAGGUGGCAAAAGAAACCACCUGAGGCAGCUGGGGCUAGAGAAGCUCUUUGAGCCUCUGACACGGGUUAGUUUGCCUCCCAGGGUCUCCCUGACUGUUGGGGUAGCUGGCAUUGGCAAAACAACCUGGGUACGACACUUCGUCAGACAGUGGAGCCAAGGGCUCACCUGCACAGAGAUACACUUCGUAUUACCUUUCACUUUCUGCGAACUGAACUUGCUGGAGCGACUUUCUGUAGAGAGGUUAGUGAAAAUGACUUUUCCUCAUUUGACAGACCCCAGUUUGGUCUUGAGUAGUGCAUGCCGAACACUGCUCAUAUUUGAUGGUUUGGAUGAGUUUCGCACAACUUUAAAUUUCACUGAUGCAGCUUCUUGCAACGACCCAAAGAAAGAAAUUCCCCUUGACAACCUAAUUACUAACAUCAUCCGAGGGAAUAUGCUUCCAGAGGUGGCUGUGUGGGUGACUUCAAGACCAGGAAUUGCCUCACUUAUUCCUGGAGGACUGCUAGACAGGGUAACAGAGAUCCCAGGAUUCAGUCCCUCUGACAUCCAGAUCUUUCUCAAACACCACUUCUCUGAGAAGGAUUUUGCCAGCAGAAUGUGGGGACACUUGGAGUCCCAUAAGACCUUGAUGGUUAUAUGCUAUAUACCAUGCAUUUGCUGGAUGGUAGCUGACACUUUGUUAUACAUCAUGCAGAGUGGAACACAGGAAAGCCUCCCUAAGACUUGCACUGAGCUGUAUGCCCAUUUUUGUUCCAUGAAAGCUGAAGUAGGUGAACCAAGAGGCAGGGAGCCUGUAAAAAUGGAACAGCUUCACGGGACAAAUCGUAAACUGCUUGCAAACCUUGGGCGGAUGGCAUUCUAUGGCCUCCUAAAACGCAAGUACACCUUCAGUGAACAAGAUUUCAGAGCUUACGGGAUUGAUUUACUGUUAACUCAAAGCAGUUUUGGAGCUGGAAUUCUUAUUCGAGGAGAAUCCGCCAUACACACAACGUACAGGUUUACACAUCUGACAUUGCAGGAGUUUCUUGCAGCUACUUUCUACCAUGUUUCAUCGAAGCGAGCCAUCUUUGACCUGUUCUCUGAAAGCACUAUGUCUUGGCCAAAGAUCGGCUUCCAAAACCACUUUAAAAGUGCCUUUCAGAACUCACAACAAGCUGAAAAUGGUCACUUGGAUUUAUUUGUGCGAUUCCUGACAGGCUUGCUGUGUCCAACAGUGCUUAAAACUCUUGCUGGGCUCCUGACUCUCGGGAAAGACGAUGGGAAUCAGAAGGCAUGGGCAGCAGGGUUUUUGCAAGGUCUCUUAACCAGCGUGGGUGCUGUGAUUUCCCACCGGGCUGUCAACUUGGGGUACUGCUUACAAGAGCUACAACACACAGAGCAGCUUCGGAGUAUAGAGGAGGACCUACGGCUUGGUAACUUGGCUGGAAAGUUAACCCGGCCUCACUGCAUAGUGCUGGCAUACCUGCUACACGUCUCUCCAGAGUGCAGCGAACAGACCAACCUGACAGGCUGUCUGAACUACACAACAGUGAAAAGUUUACUCCCGCAGCUACUGUAUUGUAGUCAUCUCAGGUUGGAGAAUAACAACUUCAAAGACGAUGUGAUGGAAUUGCUCGGAAGCCUCUUGAGUGCCAAAGACUGCCACAUCCACAAAAUAAGUUUGGCAGACAAUGCCAUCAGCAACAAGGGAGCCAAAGCCUUGAGCCGAGCCCUCCUAGUGAAUCGAACACUAACAUCUUUCAACCUCAGGAACAACAGCAUCGGAUCUAGAGGUGCGAAGUUCCUUGCAGAGGCUCUGAAAAUGAACCAAGUUCUGACAUCGAUUAACUUGCAGAACAACGCCAUUGAAGAGGAGGGUGCUCAGGCCCUUGCAGAGGUGCUACAAAGCAACCGCAAGCUGGUGACUCUGAACUUGCGGAAGAAUACGAUUGGAGCCGGUGGAGCCAAAAGGAUUGCUGAUGCACUGAAGAUAAACCGAACUCUUACAAAGUUGAUUCUUUGCAGUAACCAGCUCGGGGACAAGGGAACAGUGGCUCUGGCUGAAGCUUUGACAUUAAACCACACUCUGCUGUCACUUCAACUUCAAAGUAACUCAAUUAGCAACAGAGGGAUGACAGCACUGACCAAAUCCCUGAGGCUGAACCGAGGCUUGGUCUCUCUGAAUCUGAGGGAGAACUCAAUCGGGGUGGAAGGAGCUAAGAACAUGGCUCAAGCCUUGCAGGAAAACAACACUUUACAGGAACUUGAUCUCACAGCAAACCUGCUACACGAUGACGGGGUUCAAGCAAUAGCUGGAGCGAUCAAGUUUAACCAGGGACUAACCUCUCUGCACCUCCAGUGGAAUUUCAUCAAGUCCACAGCCACUAAAGCUCUAGCUCAAGCACUUCUCUCCAACACCAAAAUUCAGCUCCUGGAUCUACAAGAAAAUGCUAUCGGUAACGAGGGUGUCAUUUUUCUUGCUGAAGCUCUGAAAAUCAACAAGUCUCUGAGAACCCUGUGUCUGCAGGGAGUUUCAGCAGGUCAGAGCGGUGCUGUUGCCAUGGCAGAAGCUCUGGUGGCCAAUCAAACUUUGCGAACAUUAGAUCUGCGUGGGAAUUCUGUAGGGAUGGAGGGAGCGAAGGCCCUGGCCAACGCCUUGAAAUGCAACAGAAGCCUUAAAUCAUUAAAUCUGCAGGAAAACUCACUGGGAAUGGAUGGAGCCAUAUUUAUUGCAACAGCUCUAAAGGGAAACCAUCAGCUAACAUACAUCAAUUUGCAAGGAAAUGGCAUUGGAGAGUCUGGAGCGAAGGUCAUAUCUGAUGCCAUAAGAGCCAGUGCUUCAGGCUGUGUGGUGGACAUCUAACCAAUGAAAGAAGAGUG